AGUUCAUCCUCCAAUCUUUUCCCACGCCCCCCACCCCAGUUUUCUCCUCCAUUUCUCCCUCCUCCCCUGGCCGCAUCUCCAGGGAAAGGAAGCGAGGCUCAGGGAGGGAGCGUGGCACGAGCGCGCCCACCCCUGAAAAAUGGCGGCCUCCCUCUGGCUCCCUUCUCCUCCUCUUCACAGCGCCGUCUUCCUCUCGACCAACCACUCCCCCUCCCCCUCUCCUCCUUUGGCGCCUGCGUCGACUCUGCUGCAGAGGAAGCACGCGCCGGCCAGAGCCAGAGGCAAUCUUGCCUGCAGCUCAUCCGGCAGCUCCUCGUCCUCUGCUUCCUCUGUUGUGACCAAAGAUCAAGAGGGAGCAGCAGCAGCAGCAGAGGCGACGGCCCCUGCCCCUGCUCCGGCGGCUGUCAGAUACGACUACAAGGAUGACCCCAACUUCAGGGGGUGCAAAGGGUGCGGUCGUGAGGAAACAGAGAGGGGCUGCAACGGCGAAGGGCGGAUCAUGGGCGGCAUAGCCGCCGUCCCCUUGUUUGGGUGGUGGCCGAUCAAGGCCUACCGGCCGUGCCCCGGCUUCGUCGCCUCCGGUGGCCGGUACCGGCGCUACGGCCAGAGCAUGGACGACGUCAUAGCCGGCAAGGGACGGAAAGUCGCCUCCGACAAGAAGAAAAGUGACAAAUGAUCCACCUCAAGGAACUGCAGUGCACUUGGCCAUGUUGUGUAAUAGCUCAAGGAACUGCAGUGCAGCUGGCCAUCUUGUGUAGCUCAAGAGCUUAUCUCAUCUCAUCUCACUUGGCCAUGUGCUGGAGAAGGACGUCCAAACCUCUUUGAUUUUGUUUCAGUCUUGACGUUGUCUAGCUAGGUCAGAUUAUUCGAGCAGCGUUGCCUGCUGAAUCAAUUCCAUUAUGGAAGUUUUGUACGUAGCUCCGCAUCGACGGCAAAUGUACUCCACUCUUCUACCUGGUGCUAAUGUUUACAUCUUGCUUGCCAAAUCUAAUAGCGGCAAAACAGUUCCAGGAAA